CAUUCGGUCUCUUACACUUUUUCUGUUCCAACGCAUUGUUCUCGCAUUGAAUUCAUAAUUGAAGUGCAACAGCAGUAUAUUCUUAUGUUGGUUUGCAAGCAGUAUGUGACCUUAUUUUAAGAUUGUUCCUCAGUUGUCCGUUGAAAAUAAUUCCGAUUUGUAGUGAACUGAAAGAUAUAUUAAAGUGAUAUUUGUAAUCGCUAAACGAAAAGUUUGCGAAUAACAUGUGAUACUACGGACAUUCUGUAUGAUUUUAGUUUUUCUUGUAGGAGAAACAAGAACUUAGUACUUUCAUAUGUUGAUGUGUUUUUCCUUUUCGAGCGACCGUAGUCACGAUUUCUGUGUCCAAGUUUUGUAACAUCGAUUUACGGAAUUUAAUCAUGAUUAAAAAAUGUCAAUUAUAAUAGCGAUUGUAUUUAUGGGAUUUUUCGAAGCUGGUCGAUCGCAGUAUCUCACCAAUACUGUCCACAAGACCCCCGCAGCAGCGGAGAAGAUUAAUAACCUCUGGUGUUACUCCUGCAAUGCAACCGAGGAUGGUGAAGCGUGCAUCGAAUUAUCCGGAAAUAAUUCUUCCUUUAUAAAGAAGUGCUUUGCAGACGAAUUCAUCUGUAUGGUCAAACAGUUUUCGUAUACAACCCACACCAGCAACUCGAAUGUGUCAGAACCGAAGCUAUGGUCAUUGGAAAGAAAAUGCAUCAACACCUGCGAGCCGGGAUGCAUAAUUAUAGGCGAAAGAACCAAACUGUACGCGUGCACCAGUUGUUGUACAGACUCCCUAUGCAACACCGGCAAGGCUGGCUCCACGAUAGCCUUCGCAAAGUCAUCCCAUCACUGGCUAAUAGCAAUGGCUAAUAUACUGCUGGUAGUUUGUAUCAAACUACAGUUUUCCCCCCACUGUUUUCCCAGAUAGAAAGGUAUGUUAAGCCAAUGUAAUUUCGUUGCCAAAUAUUGUGUAGAUACAUGACCUUAGAAUAUUACUGGAACCAACUAAAAGAUGCACAUAUAUUAACGUAAAAGAACUAUUCAACAAAUUUCUGCACAAUUGAAUUCUUGAACUUGAAUAGAUAACAAGACCUGAACUUAGAACUCGUUCUUAAAACUACAAUCUCAGUCCAUUCGAUGAUACAAUUGAUAAAAUUAUGUACGCUCUCCGCAUUGUUAUUCUCGGUAAAACAUUAAAUUAAUUUUAAGCACUUGGAAACCAACAGAAGAAUAACUUCAUAUGUUUGUGCUUAGAUGAGCAUAUGCAAACAUAAUAAUUGAAAUAAUAAAUCAAGGGCCAAAUAUAAUGUAAGAGUUGAAAACAAUGACGAUUGGUAACGAGUCAAAUGGCGAUUCAUUUUACAAUUAGGAUAAAUAUAAUUGAUAGCCGAAAAUAAAUCGAUUGUGAAUGCUACAGAA